CUCCCGCUGAUAUUUACCUUGUAACCUUUGUAUUUAUAUUAGUUAUAGUUACUUACAUUAAUGGGCUCGGUAUUCUGCUUUUAGGUAUGAUGUACCAUUGUCUUUAAAGACCGCAACUCGCGAAUUUCGUCAGGGAGGCUUGGAACCUAUCAGCUACAAGAUUACUGACACCACUCAGAUUUCCAAGGUAUACUAUCAAAGGUUAUUCAUCCAAAAACAAUGAUUUUAUAUAUAACGUACUACAAAAAGAAUAGGGCCAGAUAUGGAGGUAAAGAUAUUAAAACUAGUGAACCCUUUCUUAUGCAGGUACCGAUGAAGAGACUUUUGGCACAUGUGAGCACCAAGGAUGAACUGACGCAAUAUCUUGCCAGCAAGACUCUAGAGAAGGGACGUCAGAAUGGUUUGCACGUGGUGGUUGCAUGGAGCAGUAAGUGUAGGGCAACACACAAGGAUAUGGCGUACCUCGAUAGCGACCAAGAGGAGGCAGAUACUAAAAUCCUACUACAUGCAGUAGAUGCCACCGCAUCAGGAGCCAAGAGUAUCAAGAUCUUCUCGCCGAACACCGACGUGUUUGUACUGGCCCUUAGACGUUACCCGGAGCUAUGUGCGGACACUUCAUUCGUCACCGGAAGAGGACAGCGCCACCGAAAUAUCCAGCUUCGUCCAAUUGUCCGCGCUUUAGGAGCAGCUAGAACGGCAGCACUACCUGGCUUUCAUGCCUGGAGCGGAGCUGAUGUCACUGGAAACUUUGCAUUUAAGAGCCAAUGUCUGUAAUUUUCGAGAAUCGGUUGACAGUCGUGAAUUUUUGAAUUUCUUCAUAUUUUACUCAAAUAAUCUCUAUAGUACACUAAUUUCAAAAAUCACCUUAAAACUUGUAACAGCUUUUUAUUUUUUCAGGAAUCAGGUAAAGUUUGAAAAACUCUAAAUCGGCGCUCUUUCGAGUAUGAAAUUUGCGAAAAUUGAGCAUUUUCCUCCUCGCUCGUACAUAAAAACGGAAUAAUAUCUCCAGAUGAAAUCAAGUCACAAAACAGACACACAUUUUUACUUUAUAAUUCAGCAAUUAACUUUAAAUGAACCGUUUAAAUGAGACUGUACCGGCCGCAAGAAGAAACACGGUUUCAGCACUUUUCAAAAAUGGCAAAUUUGACCUAACUUCACCAUCGUAAAAACCCACUUGGUACAUGCAAUUUCAGUAUAAAACAUAAACUGUAUUCAAGCAUAUCCUUUGCUGUUGUUUGUGUUAAAAUAUUUCUGGCGGCAUUCCAAAUGCGCACCGUCGAGAGACCAAAACCUGAAGGGUAUUUUGACACCAGGAAAGCCCGUGCAACAAGCAAGUUUCGACGCUUGGAAUAUUAAUCCUUUGCAAACAUAAGUUACUUCGACAUUUAAACCCUAGUCAGAGUUGUAACGGUUUCAGAUUAUAUUUCGGCGUUUCUGUUCGGUUUAACAUGAUUCCUUUCAACUGAUUUUUGCGAUAAACCAUAAUGAAGAGACACGAAUACGCAGUUCAAAUCAAAGUUCGUAGAGAGGAAUAUUGUCAAAAUACUCGCUUGUUAUAGUUUUAACCUUAUUGAAACCUUAAAAUCAGAAAAGUUAUUUACUUACCUGAACUUAAAUGCUAGACUGGGUCACAGUACCGCUAACUAAAUUGAUCUAAAUUCUGCAUCAAGGCAGAUUCAAAGUUAAGUUCGUGUAUGUUUUCAAUCUGUCAACACGAGGGAAGAUAACAUUCCGGAAGUGCGUGACGCGUAACGCGCCGGAAAAGAAAUUGCUGGUAUACGUGUUUUGCGGUGCAAGUCUUUGUUGUAUUCGUAUAGCAUCUCGCACAUAUUCAAACUUGGUUUGUGGCGCCUGUGGCCCCAGUAAUGCUGAAUGUAUUGGGAUCAUAGAAAAGAUGUCGUGAGUCACUUGGUAUGCUCCUGACUUGUUAGUCACGUGAGUAUGUUAAUGAUAGAAGUAAGGUUUUCUGCAUUUACGUUAGGUGACCUUUGUUUGAUCCACGAAAUUGGCGCAUGAACAUAGGAGUUUUUCCUCGCCACCGCUAAAUGUUUGGUUCUGGGUGGCGGUGCAACAAAUCACGUGGUACCGUUCUAGAUGAGGCUACUGGCUGCUCAUAGAGGGGUCCAUAAAGGCACAUUGAUUGAUGACUCUGUAUGGACUGAAGGAAAUGAUUUACGCAGACGUUUUCUGAGCGACAAAGGUGCACCUUUUACACUCCUUUUUCGUUUCGAAAAUAGACGAGCACGCAAGCGAAGCGAGCGCGCGAGAGAGAUCUCCUUGCGCUAAUAGUCAAUAAAUCCAAUGCGGUUUUUAUUUUCAUACGCGAAAAUCGACGAUCAAAGAGAAAAUAGAUCGACGAUCUCUAAAAAAAAAAAAAGGGGGUCUGUGAACAGGCUACGAAAGUGCUUGCUAUUAUUUUAGUGAACUUUACAAGAGGUCUCAGGUGACUAUGCUAACGUCAUGAAAAGUCUACUUAGCUUGUUUAAGUUUAGCUAGGGCAAGAGGAGGAGAUGGGUGGGUUGGUACAAAUACAAAAAUUCAAGUCUUUAUCACUCCACUUAGAGCUAGCAGACUUUGUUUGAUCCACAAAAUUGGCGCAUGAAAAUAGAAGUUUUUACUCACCACCGCUAAAUGUUUGGUUUCGGGUGGCGGAGCACAAAUCACGUUGUACCGUUCCAGAACCGCCUACUGUCUGCUCCUUUAAAAGGGGUCCGUAAGGGCACAUUAAUUAAUGAAUGACUCUGCGCGGCUUGAAGAAAAUGAUAUACGCAGACGUUUUCUGAGCGACGAAGGUGCAGUCUUUACACUUCUUUUUCUUUUCGAAAAUGGCCACGGACUUCUCCCCUCGCCCUUCGCUGCUGGGCAGUCGUUUUUGCCUGAGGGAUACCACCUCGAAGGAGUUUUAGCACACAGGUCUCUGCUGGUGCAGACCUAGCGAAAAGGGCAUUCUCCAUCUGAAAUUUUAAAUCGAUAUGAAAGGCUAUUUUCUGAUUUGGUUAAAAGAUGGUAAGUAAAAUGGCUGAGACAUUUUAAAGCAUUUUUUCAUUUAGGCGACGGAUUUUGACGUUAUGAAAAAGAACUUGUCAGUGAAUUGGUUUAUUUUCUAGCCUGCGAACAAGUGCCGGGGGGUGGUGGCGGAGAGAGCCAGGUGACUAUUCCUUUUUUUAGGCGGGAGCUAGCAUGUACGUGCAUUCUGGUCUAACGCCAUAAUGAGUAGACUGGCCUUUAAGGGGCGGGAGAUCAGAUGGUCAACAGCAGGUUGAGGUCUAGGCAGAAGAUACCCUUGCUGCAGAGGAGCAAAGCAAUACUACUUUUAGUAAUUUAAACAUGUUAAAUACUUGUAUUUCGCUCAUUAAAUGUGUCCAUUGUCCAUUGUCGAUUUGUGGUUUUUCGGAACGUUCUUUUGCGGAGCAUUGGACAAUUUUUCUUAAACCAGUUUUUUACUCGUUUUACAUUUCCCUGCUCUACCUUCAUGCUGCAUAUGGCGUGCGUGUGUACCUAACUCCCUCAAUUCAUACUGAGGUGAUCGAUAGAGAAGUCUAUACGCCAAGCGGGGUUAAGAUUAGUUAAUAAAAACCAAAGGCUCAGAAGGCUAAGUGCAAUGAAAAGAAAACUAGUGUGAAACGUUUUGCAGACUCGGCUUGCUCUAUUUGUUUUCUUUCUCUGUUUAAGUUUCGGCUUGUGCAUCCUAAAAUCAAGUUUGGUUCGACCUGUUUUGGAGAAUAUAAAAUAUAAAAACACUCGUGCGAUGAUUUAUCCUUGUCUGUACAGUUGCGUGACAAGACUCAAAUCAAACACGGGCUUUCAUCACGCAACACAGGGUUUAGUCCGUGGCUAAACGACGGAAGAUUUCAGUAAACUGCGGCCACUUGCAGUUGAAACGACUGGUAAGUAAAUUCUUAUAGAUCUCGUAUCUCAUUUAGAGCUAGCAAGCCGUUUCUAGCGGCUUCAUUUUAGGUGCAGAAACUGGAGGUCAAUAUUUACACUCAACACGAAAUUAGCAGCCAGAGCAGCGCUGUCCUUUUCAGCUACUUCCGUGCAAUCAAAUGCACGGUUAAUCUACUUAGUUCUUUUUUAUUACUAUCAAAUUGAAAAGUGUUUUUCAAAAGAUUUUAAGAACUUCCCGUAAUGUGCCCCUUGUAAAAGAAGUUAAGUUUGCGAAAACGUUUGUGUGCUUACACUUGCGGCUAGUUUGUUGCAGCGUUCCAACGUGCGAAACUACCCUGCACGUUUCGGUGUCUCAGCGACGCACUUUUGUAAUGCCGCCAAAACUUUUUUAACACAAGAAACGGCAGAAAAUGUACUUUAAAACAGUUUUUGUUUCAUGUUAAAAUUCUAUGUACCAAUUGGGUUUUUUCGAUGGUGAAGUUAGGUCAAAUUUGCCAUUUUUGUAAAGAGCCGAAAUCGUGUUUCUUCUUGCGGCCGACACAGUCACAUUUAAACAGCUUAUCUGAAGAUAACUGCUGAAUUAUAAAGUACAAGUCUAUGUUUGCUUUGUGACUUGAUUUCAUUGAGAGAUAUCAUCCUGUUUAUAUGUACGAGCGCCAAGAAAAUGCUUAAUUUUCCCUAAUUUCAUACUCGAAAGAGCGCCGAUUUAGCGUUUUUCAAACUUUGCCCGAUUCAGGAAAAAAUAAAAAGCCGUUACAAGUUUUAAUGUGAUUUUUGAAAUAAGUGUACUAUAGAGAUUAUUUGGGCAAAAUAUGAAGAAAUUCAAAAAUUCACGACUGUCAACCGAUUCUCGAAAAUUACAGACAUUGGCUCUUAAAGGGAAGCUGGAAUGCUGGAAAGCGUUUCUUCAAGCUGAUGAAGAUUGUGUCACUGCACUUGCAGAUCUCGGCUCUACCAUCCUUCCCACAGCGGGCAUGUUCUAUGCAAUAGAGAAGCUAGUGUGUCAACUUUACCUGCCCAAGACUAAGAUAUCCAGCCUGAAAGAUCUAAGGUGGCUCAUCUUUCGAAGAAAACAGGCCGAAUCAGAACGACUACCGCCUACACAAGCUGCUCUCCGAGAGGCCAUUGAGCGAGCGCAUUACCAAGCCAUGAUCUGGACCAAUGACAAAGUCCCUAAUCCAGACCUUCCAUCACCAGAGAACUAUGGAUGGAAAAAAGACGAAGGUUAUUAUAAAUUAACGGUUGAUAUAGUAAUAAACUCUCAAGUUCGACACUAAAGAUCGAGACGACUUUAAUCCACUGCCUUAUUCUUUUAUAUUUCAGACAAAUGGAUCCCGGUGAUGACGCGACUGCAGCCGGUACCCAACGCUGUUCUUUAUCUUGUCAAGUGUGGCUGUGGGAAGGACAAAUGCCGAAACAAUAGGUGUAGCUGUCGAAGGGCGGGUCUCACUUGCACAGGUCUAUGCAGCUGA